UUGAUUCACAAAGGAAAACAAGUUUUCUUUUCUACUAAUUCAUCCUCACCUCUCUUUGGGAUACAAUAACUUUUUUAGUCAACCAGCUAAAAUUAUAAAGAGCGACAAUGAAGCAACUUUUCAAGUAAAAAUACAGAGCUUUUUUUGAAAGACAAUCAUUGCUACAUGAAUUAAUAUUGAAAGACAAUGUUUGCUGCCACUUUUGGACUCAGCCUUGUGCUGCUGUGCAUGGCCGGGUUUUCUUCCGCUAUCAGUUCCAUCGACCCGGACCGGCCAGGUGAAGGAAGAUGCCAGGAGAUCGCCAUUCCACUCUGUAAGGACAUUGGCUACAACUUGACAGUUAUGCCGAACUUAAUGGGACAUGAAGAUCAAAGUGAGGCGGCCAUAAAGCUGCAUGAGUUUGCUCCGCUGAUUGAGUUCGGCUGCCACAGUCAUCUGAAGUUUUUCUUGUGCUCGCUCUAUGCUCCCAUGUGCACGGAGCAGGUAUCCACACCCAUCCCAGCAUGCCGAGUAAUGUGUGAGCAGGCAAGGCAGAAGUGUUCUCCCAUCAUGGAGCAGUUUAACUUCCACUGGCCUGAGUCACUGGACUGUUCCAGACUGCCAAAUAAAAAUGACCCCAAUUACCUCUGUAUGGAGGCGCCCAACAACGGCACCGACGAGCCCCCGAAAGGCUCCCAUACUCAGCCGCCAGACUCCCGACCCCCUCGGCCAGGUAACAGCCAAGAACUGCCGAUAAAGGAGAGGGUCGGUAAGACGACAUGCAGCAACCCUGGAAAGUUUCAUUACGUUCAGAAGAGCGAGUCCUGUGCCCCCAAGUGUUACUCAAACGUCGACGUGUACUGGAGCCAGGGCGACAAGCGCUUCUCCAUGGUGUGGAUUGCCAUCUGGUCCAUCCUGUGCUUCAUCUCCAGUGCCUUUACCGUCCUCACCUUCCUCAUCGAUCCACAGCGCUUCAAGUACCCCGAGCGGCCAAUCAUCUUCUUGUCCAUGUCUUACUGCGUUUACUCGGUGGGCUUUCUUAUAAGACUUUUUGUGGGGGUGGAAAACGUGGCCUGUGACCGUGACAGUGGCGUUCAGUACAUCAUCCAGGAAGGCUUGGAAAGCACUGGCUGCACUAUAGUCUUCCUCAUUCUUUACUACUUCGGAAUGGCCAGUUCCCUGUGGUGGGUCAUUCUUACUCUCACGUGGUUCCUCGCAGCUGGAAAAAAAUGGGGUCAUGAGGCCAUUGAAGCCAACAGCAGCUACUUUCAUCUAACGGCAUGGGCCAUACCAGCAAUUAAGACCAUCAUGAUCCUGGUUAUGAGGAAGGUAGCGGGCGACGAGCUCACAGGGGUCUGUUAUGUGGGCAGCAUGGAUGUCAAAGCCUUGACAGGUUUUGUUCUUAUUCCCCUCUCUUGCUACCUCAUUAUUGGCACUUCCUUUCUGCUGUCAGGGUUUGUGGCACUCUUUCACAUCCGUAAGGUCAUGAAGACCGAAGGAGAGAAUACGGAUAAGCUGGAGAAGCUGAUGGUUAGGAUCGGCGUCUUCUCUGUGCUUUACACGGUCCCUGCCACUUGCGUCAUCGCCUGCUAUUUUUACGAGCGUCUCAACAUGGAUUAUUGGAAGAUUCUAGCAGGAGAGCAGAAGUGCACUGAGGACAGUAAGAGUGGCGAGGAGUGUGUGAUGAAGAGCUCCAUCCCAGCUGUGGAGAUCUUCAUGGUUAAGAUUUUUAUGUUGCUGGUGGUGGGCAUCACCAGCGGCAUGUGGAUCUGGACCUCCAAAACGCUGCAAUCAUGGCAGAAUAUUUUCAGCCGCAAACUUAAAAAGAAGACGAGGAGGAAGGCAGCAUGUGUUUUCACAGGAAGUGGACCUUACCUCAAGCCUCAUCCUGCACUGAAAGGACAUAAAACCAAGUACGAACCGGCAGGUCCUCCUGCUACCUGUGUAUGAGCUGGGCCUCUAUACACAAACAAAUGGCCAAGAAAUUAAGUAAAUGCUGGACUUAAAUUAACUGCUUUCUAAAGAGACAAGCCAGCAAAGGACACAACAAUGCUCGUAUUUAUAUUAUGCAAACUUCAGAUGCAGC